AUGGAAACAAAUAUCGAUGAAUUAUCUUCUCAUAUGAGUACAUUAACAACUAAUUCUAAUGAAAUAUUAAAAUUAGAUAAAGAUCGUCCACUAUCAACAUUUACUCUUCCAUCAAUGUCAUCAUGUCCAAUGGCAACAGAUGAUUAUAAUCAUUUACUUAUUUAUCAUCAUCAAACAUUAAUAUUAUUUCAACUUCCAACAUUUGAAAUAUUAUUUUCCACAACACUUUUUCCAUUAAUUCAAUGUCAAAUAUCAGAUAUAUGUUUUUAUUCAAUAACAAAUUGUUUUCUUCUAUCAAGUUCAAAUACAAUUUAUUCAUUAUCAUCAAAUAAACAAAUUGAAUUAUUUCAUCAAUGUUCAAAUACAAUUUGGUCAAUAACAUAUACAUUAAAAUAUAUAUUUAUUUGUUAUCUAUUUGGGUCUUCAAUUGAACAAUGGGAAUUUAAUUCUUCUUCAACAAAUGGAAUUUUAUUAAAUACAUGGUUUAAAAAAGAUUUAAUUGAAAUAUUUGAUACAGGUAUUAAUUGUAUACGAGCGAUAGAUCAAUGUAUUGGUAUGACAAUAAAACAAAGUAAUUUUUCAUGGAGAAUUGAUAUAUUUGAUAUAUUAACAAUGAAUAAAUUACGUCGUGGUAGAACAAUUCAACAAGAAGCUGGUUUAAGUAAUUGGAUUGGUUUAUUAUUUCCUAUUGAUCAUUAUUGUUAUUUAUUUGCUGAUGGUGAUGAAGGUUUAUUUUUAAUUGAUCAAACGAAUGAACAAGAUUAUAAAGAACAUUCUAUUAUGAAUAUUGCUUGUAACAUUUGUUUAAUUCGUGAUAUUAAUAGUAAAAAAUAUGCUUCAAUUGUUGUUCAAACUCAUGAAGGAUUAAAUAUCUAUAAUAUACAACAAUUGACUCUUUCAAUUUAG